AUGGAGGUCGAACUUAGGGAAGCGUCGGCUGCCAAAGACAGGAAGAUCGAUUCUAAUGAAGGAAAAACGCAGACUAUAGGCUGGCAGUCUCUUUUAACUUUCACCAUCCUCUCUCUGGCGUGGUUAGUGGGUUUCGCAAGCCGUCUUUUUGCUGUGAUACGAUUUGAGAGUAUUAUUCACGAGUUUGAUCCUUGGUAAGUGCUUAGCUCACGUCGGUUUCGAUCCGCUUUUUUGCAGUAUUUUAACGACCUUUAGGUAUUUUUUUAAUUUUUUCUUUUUACAUUAAAAAAGAGAACCUAGAUUGUGGAGUAAAUUUAUAGCUUCUAUUGCGGUCGUCGGAACGAAAGUGACUCCUUGUUUUAAUUUUUUUCGUACCUAACUGUUCAGCUCUUUUCCGCGCGGGUUUAAACUAUUUGGAGUGGAUUUUUAUUGCUUUGUACAAAGAACUAGAAAUCGCUGCAAAAAUAAGCCUUUUUUGGAAACGAUAAAUGAAACACGUUUUCUGUGAAAUACUUUAAAGCUAAUAUUGUUACCAUCUGUCACGCCGAGAUGAUGUCUUAUUUUUACUACAAGCGUCAACUUGAUCAAAUACAAUUUAACUUUGCAUAAUUUUAUUGAUAAUUAAACAAGUUUAAACAUCAGCUGGCGGCUACAAGCAGAUGUGACCAGCGAUGUCACUUAGUCAUAGCAGAAACUCAAAACGAUUAAAAAUCACCCUUAAAAAAUUCCUUCUUGACUUGUGCAAGCGGAUUUUACGUUUGUGCUGCGAUUCUUGCCAUAUAAAGGAACAAAGAUCAUUUGUCAUGCAGUUGGGCUGUCAUUUGUAAAAUAAAAUCCUUUUAAAGAUAUCCUUCCGGUAAUGCUUUAAAUAGAAUUGAUGAUUUGUAUGAGUAAAGAGUUUUCGUCUGACUUGAGUGAAGUUCAUAUUAGGUAUUAGUUCAUCCUGUCCGGAAAAACUGAAUUAUUUGAGAAUUUCAGGUUUACCAGAGUAAUUUUUCUUAAACAUUUUAUAAGCAGAAUUUUGUUAAACAAGCGACGAAGAAAAAAAAAUGAAAAGAUUUAUAACACAACAUUUCGGGAUAAUGGAGUCAUGAGGACCCCAAAUCGCCGUGUUAUUAAUCUCUCAUUUUUCUUCUUAGUUGCUAAUUUUUCUUAAGGAUGUUUUUUAUGAUUUUCAAAAAUAGCUUAUUAAGUGCAGUCAAGCCUUGAUUUUGUUUGUCUUCUAGUGAUGUGAAAAGUGAUCCAAACAUAUAUUUCUGGAUAGCUUUUUGAUACACACCAAAUAUUGUGUGGUUCCAGAAAAUAUCCGUACCACCCCCUACAGAAGGGGUCGAAUUUUCCAGGGGGGAUCAGUUUGCCUAAUUUUCCAGUGGGGAGGGGGGUGCACCUUAGGGAAAUAUUUCCAGAGGGUUCUUGUGAUGUGCAAGAGAGUAACUAAGGAAAAAACACAGCAAUUUAACACAACAAUUUAUUUGCGAAGAUAUAUAAAACACAAGGAAAGUUAAAGAGCUCUUAAGAAACUCAGAAACUAAGAACAAGAUCGGUUCAGUGUCCCCCAGUAGGCACUGUGAUAUUUGGAUUCUUGUUUGGCUCCAACAACUACUCUUUCGCAGCGAAUUUAGCAUGUGAACUUGCACUCGAAGUCCAGAAUGACCUGAACUUGUUCCAUUAAAAUGUCACGUAGAGACGUUGGAACUUUUCGUUACAGGUUCAACUACCGCUCAACUCAUCAUCUUGUGACCCAUGGUUUCUACAACUUUCUAAACUGGUUUGAUGAGAGAGCAUGGUAUCCACUGGGGAGAAUUGUUGGUGGAACUGUAAGUACAUACCUGUAUUUAUUACAUUGAUUCAGAUAACAUAACAUACACUUUAUUACGACUCCUCUGUAUGGGACUAUUCUGUCGUAGUGUACAAUAAUAUACAACUAUCCCCUGUUUCUUUGCCUUGUCGUUAAGCAUAGAAAAAGGUGGCAAAAGAGUACAUCUGAGAAAACAGUGCCAUGGCAAAAAGGGAAAGAAAGGCUGCAAAUAGCAACUUACAGACCUUCAUCACUCUCAUUUGAUGUUUUUGUAGUCUUUAUUCAUCUUCCAUUGCUCUUGAAACUGAAAAUCAUGAGAAAGUUAAGUAAUGAAAUCGUGAAUAUCAAUUAUUAAUUUGAGUUUUUCGGCACACACUCAACCUUUUGGUCACAGAACACGAAAAAAAAUUAUGAUUUCACAAUUCGUGAAAAAUAAAAACAGCUAGUCACGUAUCACAGAAAUACCCUUGUAAGACCCUCUUAGUAGAGGUACAAAUGAAAUAUGUACUAAUCAAUCUCACAGUCUCCACAAACUUCUUUCAAGUAAAUAUCAGCCAAGCUACUCUUUGAGAGAACAAAGAACAUUUAUUCAUCCAAAGUGUAAAACUGAAAGAUGGAAGAAUAGUUUUCUUUUAAGUUAUGUUUACAGUAGUUGAAAUAUAAUUUUUUUUAUUAUUGUAUAUAGGAACUUGACGCAUGCUUUUGAAUUUGUGAUUUCAUAACAGUUUUAAAAUUGUAAAUUAUUUUGGAUCAUCUUUCUUUAAUUAGUUGUAAAGUGCUUUAAUUUAUUAGUUUUAAUUUAGUACGGUUGUAAAUUAUUGCAUUUGUAACCCUCAUUCAUUCAACUCAUGGAGGCAAGUUUUUAAGGUGAAUAAACUAUCUAUCUAUCCAUCUAUCUCAAAUUAUUUACAUUUCAGUACUGUUAAAAGGCCAUUUGCAUGAUGUUGUCAUUUUAUACUGCUAUGGCCAAAAUCCUUCAGGGUUUUGUUUUCUUGUGCAAAGUGUGGCUCUUGUUAUUCAAACCUCACUGGGAUUACCAAAGUUAAAUAUGAAAGAAUAAAUGAAAUGGAUUCUGGUCACAGUAGUAAAAUGUCAUCAUCUUGCAAAUACCAAAUGCAGUCUUAGAUAUUAUUUUAAUAUACUUAUGUACUGUUGACUAACCCUCUUGUUUCCUGUCAAAUGGACCACUCUGUAUCUGAAGGGCGUCAGUCAGGCCUGACAUGUCUUUCAUACCCCACCAUUAUUGCCAAAAAAUUUUUUCCUAUGUAGACAUCAGCACUUACAGCAUGUUUUGCUCUUGAUGUCUACAUACUGGUAUUAAAUUGUAACAAUACUGUAAAUGUAAAUGUAAAUAUCAUAUUAUCCACUCCACUCAGGGCUUUUCAGGGAUAAUUUACAACACUGGUUGGGGGACUUUGCCAGACUGCUUAAGCUGCAGUUUACAAGUAGUGAAGGAAUGAGUAAUGAUGCCCCCAUACAUGAGUGUGAAAGUGAGAUAGACCACUAGAUUAGGCACAACGUGUCCUACUCUUUACGAAGAGUGUGUGGGUUCUUUAACGUCCCACAGAUUUAUUACAUGUGCAAGGGCUUGUGAGAUGGGGCCUAUGGUUUAUCGUCCUUAUCCGAAAAGACUAGAAAGUCUAACCGUUUGCAGAUGUUAUUACAAAGGCAGCACUUUCUCCUCAGUUAUUUAAAGACCCUUAGUGUUGGUCCAGCCGGGGUUUGAACCUAUGGCCUCCCGCUCAGCAGACCAGCACUUAUCCCAUUGAGCUAACCGGGCAGCGGUUAAUACAAGACUAGUAUCUAACUCGGAAACCCAAUGGUUUAUUUAGAUUCUAGGCAUUUCCUUACCUUUAAUGUAUUUUUAGUUUUGCAAAUAUUAUAGUGUAACUGACUGUUAGACUAAAACUACCUUCUGCAACUAUAAUUAUUCUAAAGCGAAAUGUAAUUUAAAAGUUUGUUGUUGUUGUUGUUGGGGGUAGUUUUUUACUCCAUUUGCUGGAAGAUUAAUCCUUAUUUAUCUCAAAUGUUGUUUAAUUAUUAUUUUUUAUAACAGGUUUACCCAGGAUUGAUGCUUACAUCAGCAACUAUUCACUGGGUAUUAAAUACUCUUCAUGUCACAGUGCACAUUAGAGACGUAUGUGUGUUUUUGGCCCCUAUGUUCAGGUAAUUAAUAGUCCUCUCUACGUUUUGAGUAAGUUAGACAUUAACCUGCGAAUGCAGCUAUUUCUCCUUGCUCCUCGCCACUAGAUAUGUUUCGCUUGGAGGAACGUCUGCGCCUCAGCAACAGAAAUUCCAUACUGAUGAAGUAAAUCAAUGUUUACAUAAGAAAUGCGGUAUUCAUGGGGUUCCAAAUGUAAAUUUGUUUGAUUUUACAUUUACAUUUUUGGUUGAUUAUUAGAUGGUAAAGUUUUGUGUUCUACUGCGAACAAGCUCCAGCAAAAUUCAAAUGCUUUUUCUAAAGAAAAAUAUAUUCCAGGAAUAUUGACUGUUCCGUGGUAGAUUCAUCACGUUUACGAACCUGUUUACAUUUGACCUUUGUGGCCUUUUUUCUUUUGUCUGUCAUUCAUAAACAAUAGGUAAAACAAUAUUACUACUAUGUUGACCAAUCAGAACUCCUGACCAGAUUCUGGAGUCACAGAUUUUACAUCAUCAGUAUGGAAUACCUGUUGCUAAGGUGCAAACGUUCCUCCUGGCGAAAUGUCCCUAGCGGGAAGGUACAAGGAGACAGCGUGGCCGUGUGGUUAGAGUGAUGGACUUGUAAUUCAGAGGCCCCGAGUUCUAGUCCUGCUCAGACCAAUAGGUGGAUUUGUUCUUGGAGGUCCCAAGUUCACAUCCUUGGCCAUGCUUGUAAAAUAGCCAACUGAUUGCACCUCCUUCCAGUUGGCAUUUUUAACCAUGUUAUGUUCCAUUUAAAUUGUUUGUUUUUUAUUUUCCCUGAAAAGCCUUAUAAGGAGAGAGGAUAAUUAAAGUAUUAUUAUUAUUAUUAUUAUUAUUAUUAUUAGUUUUAUUAUAAUUAUUAUUACCACUUGAUAAUGCACUGUUAGUAUUUAGUAUUUAGUAAUGCACAAACAUUAAUUUGUUGACUUUGUUAUCUCAUUUUCAUUUGUAGUGGUCUUACUGCCAUAGCAACAUAUUUGUUAACAAAAGAACUGUGGAAUGAUAGGGCUGGUCUUUUUGCAGCCUGUUUUAUAGCCAUUGGUAAGUUUGUUUUUAACUGUUUUUAACACACACAAUCUACAUUGUACAGAUGUACAUGUAAACAAUAUUAGAUAUUAAAUGUAACUGAACAUUGCAUCCUUGGAUCAACUUGUAGCAACUUCUGUGAUGUCAGUAUACAUUUUAUUAUUUUAGUUCAUUUCUGCCCUUGGUUCAAAUUGAUUUUCCUUUGCUGAACAUUUGGUCUGGUAAUGUACCUCAAUGAGCUUGAAACAAAGCAAAUCAAAUUUGUGCACUUUACAGGUUUUAAACAAUCAAUUUAGCUUUGCUAUAUUCUCCAUUAUUGACGAUUCUUGGAGAACCUGAAAGCAAAAUAGAAGAGAAAUCAACCCUCCAAGUUAAAGUUUUUGCUUGGCCACCAUUUGGCAACCAAUUCUUUUGGUUCAGGGAGACUUUUUUACAAAUCAAGUCACCAGCUUCAAAAUUUUAGGCCCCAUUGCAACUAAAAUAGUCGUAACUUGGAGGGUUGGAAAUAAAACCAAAAGAAACCCCAAGCUGUUUGAUUCCCCGCCUACUUGUUGUAUUAACCCAGCAACUUGAAAUCUUAGUGACAACCCUGAACAUAGUAUAUAGAUGUAAGGUGGAACUUUUAAGGCAUGAUUAGUCAGUUGGCAGUUUCGACAUGCAGAAGAUCAGUCCACUCAAGUCUAUGUAAAAUUCUAUUGUGAUUAUUCCAGUUCCUGGUUACAUAUCGCGCUCAGUGGCAGGAUCAUAUGACAAUGAAGGAAUUGCCAUCUUUGCACUACAGUUUACUUAUUUUUUAUGGGUAGGUGUGGAUUUAAAUGAUUUAUUAUAAUUAAUAAAAGGUCUUGAACAGUGCAUUAGAUUCGGGGUUUCUGAGAAGCUGUGAAACUCCAGAAACAGAUGUGGAAAUGUUUUGUAAGCUACUUUAAAAAAUGGACCUGAGUGAUUCUAGGCAGUUUUGUGGUGUCAGGAGAGUCCAAACCACUGUCAUUUACCUCCAUUACAGUUCUACUCACUAAAUAAAAACCUAGUUUUUAAGAACAUGUUUAGCCUUAAAUAAUAUAAUAUUCUUUGAAGGAUGACUUGUUCAAAAUUCAUGUGUUAAGUGCUUCAAUAUUUUAAAUAUAGUCAUGUACCUUCUCUUUAUUUUAAUGUAACUCUUUUCUUCAGGAAAUAAGUAGCCUGCGAAAACAUCCGUUUCUCCUCGCUCUUCGCCGCUGGGGACGUUUCGCGAGGAGGAACGUCUGCGACUCAGCGACAGAAAUUCCAUACUGAUGACGUAAAAUCUGUCCAGAAUCCGGUCAGAAGCGCUGAUUGGUCAACGGAGUAGUUACAUUGUUUUAGCUAUUGUUUGCGAAUGACAGACAAAAGACAAAAGGCCACAAAGGUCAAAUGCAAACGCAAAGAAUCUCUAGCAAAACAGUCAAUAUUUGUGGAAUAUAUUCUUCUCUAGAAAAAGCGUUUGAGUUUUGCUGGAGCUCGUUGGCAGAUGAGCACAACACUUUACCAAAAUCGACCAUAAGACACGUAAAAUUGGACAAAUUUGUGAUUGGAACCCCAUGACUACGGGAUUUAUUAUGUAAACAUUGAUUUGCGUCAUUAGUAUGGAAUUUCUGUCGCUGAGUCGCAGACGUUCCUCCGCGCGAAGCGUCUUCAGCGGCAAAGAGCGAGGAGAAACAGAUGUUUUCGCAGGCUAGGAAAUAAGGACCUAUCCAAGAAUUUUAGGCCCGGUUCAGACGCCGAACUUUUCAUGAGCCGAACCUAAUUUGAAUUAAGCUGACCCAAAUUAUUGUAGACCGGCUGAAUUGAUUCAGACGCUGAUCUUAAUUGCAGCUGAACUAAGUUCAAGGGCGAAAAAUGCUCAUUUCAGUCUAACUGUUUACAAAAUACGUUAUAAUAAUUUAUGCAUUAGGUUAAGUACUUGAAAAGUUUGGCGUCUGAAUCAAAGUCGCUCCAAAGGCGAAUUUCCCGGCCGGGCUAGGCGAAAAGAAUGGCUGAGCCGUUCCAAAUUGAAUCAGGUGUUCCUAAUUGAUUCAGAUGCCGAAAUUUCCAUGUACUUAAUUCAAUGUAUUAGGUUCGGCUCAUGAAAAGUUCGGCGUCUAAACCGGGCCUUAAUAGCCUAAAUUUGUGCUAGUUACAUGUACCAUUAAUUUUUAUAUGCACAUGAGGAAGAAGCUGUUCAGUCUACCUUGGGAAAGUACUGUAUUUUCAUUCAAACUUCACUGGGUACAGCUCAGCUCCUUUGGGUGAACAUUUGUUUUGUAAAUAUUUUUUUUUUUAUCAUUUUCUUCUACUAAUUCAUGCAGGUUAAGUCUGUUAAGACUGGAUCAGUGUUCUGGGCAGCAUGUACCAGCUUAUCUUACUUCUACAUGGUGAGUAAAAUCCUAAAUAAGCAUUUUGUCUAUGAGGAGCUUUAUGUAGUUUUCCUUGUAGACUUAGUAUCACAGAGUGUCAUUGUACUGAAACCAUGAUCAUUCUACUCACUGAGCACUUCACCUUGUUGGAAAGAGAAACCAUUGACUUAGACUGCUGUUGGUUAUUUUUUUUUUGUACUCGUAAAGGGGCUAUGUUACAAGAAUACAGCUGUAUUUCUGUUUUACAGUGUGGGUCAAUUCUAUGCUGAAGUGCAAUUCUAGUGCCUCUUCCCAUACAAAAAAUGCUCCUGUAGUUUUAUUAAGAGAAGUUGAAAAAGAAAGCUGACCCAACUUUUUCAACUUUCAAUCCAUGUCCAUACAUGCCACAGAUCCACAGUUGACAGGAAUCAGUUUUAAUGUCUAACAUAGUCUUGAAUAGCAAAACUGAACUAUUGUUUUUAGAAUUAGUUUUUUGAAAAGAUAGCAAAUAGCAUGAAUAGUCUGUUUACGUCAUGACAAGUUCACAUCUUUCAUUUCUAGGUUUCAGCAUGGGGUGGAUAUGUUUUCAUCAUCAACCUUAUACCUCUUCAUGUCUUCUUCUUGCUUCUCAUGGGGCGCUUCUCUUACAAGAUUUAUGUUGGUAUGUGCAUUAUACUACAGAGUAUAUUAAUAUAUUGAUUUUUAAUACAGAGCCAGUACUGGUCAGCAGCACUUCUGUAAAAGGCAUGCUUCACAUGCCAGGUGGCUUCUCUCAGUUUUCACUUGUGUUAGGUCUUGUAAGUUACCUUGUUAUUGAAGCUUUGGUUGUGUUACGUAAUUAUCGUGUCAUCAAUCGACCAAUCUUUCUCCUUCUGGCGCAGCAUGGUUUUCAAUAAUAUUGAAUUUGAAUCGGUGGUAUUUAUCUGGAAAGUGACAGCCAUUAAUCUUGUUCAUGUACAAGCCCUCGAUUAUGCCCUGAAACACUACCUCCAGAUUUUUGUUUUUCGUUAAUUUGAUUUGCUCCUGUCAUUGGGUAGUCUGUUAGGUUGAAAGAAAUGGCGCAAUAGGCUGAUUUAGCAACAGGACGGGAAUGUCAGUUGGCUACGGGAAAGUGUGCGGAAAGGACUAAACGACUUCCGGUGCCCAAUUUGCUGCUUUGCCAUUGGUCAUGCCAGUUGUUUGAUUUGUGCGUGCCGUUGUCAACUGACAUUCCUGUUCUAUUGCUAAAUCAGCCUAAUGAAAGUUUACAAACACCAUUUGGAACUGUUCUGAUGAAGAAGUGUCCUUAGUGGCUUUUCUGCCUGUGCUUAAAAAAUUUUAAUCAUGCUAUUCUUCCAACUCAAAUGACUGCUCCUGUGUCUUCGAGGAAGAAAAUGAAAAAUUACCAGCAUGGUUAUGUCAUCAGCUAGGGUCCAGUUGUUUGAACGCCAGUUAGCGCUAACCUAGGGUUAAAUUUUAACCCGGGCUUCUUUUUCUUUUCAUCAAAAGCACUCUCUCAGAUAAUUUUCUAUAUUCUUUUUAGAGUUUCCAGUCAUCAAAUUGUAGGCAAAGAGAAUUAAACUGGAUUUGCUUUUUAAGCUCUCAUAUCUGAGUUCAAAUUUGGCACUAACCCUGGGUUAUCUUAACUCAGCUUCGAACAACCCGGCCCAGAGUGUUAUUUGUUUUUUAUACGACAAAAUGCUUGCUAUUUAACUUACUACAAAAAACUAACUGUUGAUCCAAGUGUCAUCAUCGAUUUCUUCUCAAUUUUUGCAGCAUACACAACUUUCUUUAUCAUGGGUCUUCUAAUGUCUAUGCAAGUACCUUUUGUCGGCUUCCAACCAAUCAGAACAAGUGAACACAUGGCUGCAGCAGGUAGGGUGCUUUCAUUUUUGUGAUUAUGGAAACUUUUAUGGAUUUAAUAAAUGUUUCUGGAAAUUAAUGCACGGAAUUCCCUUUAUGAGAGAGCUUUAGAUUCGAGGAUGAGGACAACUACAAGGAUGACAUUUAGUUUUAAGUUUUCUCACACCUAUUCUCUACUAAUAGACACCCCGGAAAGCUUCAUUGAACUUUUUCCUGCACAAAAAUUAGUACAUGUAUGCUUAUUUCCAUUGAAGGAGGUAAAGCCCUCUCCUGAUCACUAAAUGAUAAAAUUUCUAACAUUUGAUAACUUGUUUUCACCACUGUGACAAUCUCGCUAAAACUCGUAGUAGAAUGUUGAUGGCUAUCACUUUUUCCCACCAAAAUGACGUUGGUUCGUGCACAUGCACUACAUAGUAUUGGGAAAAUCUUUUUCUUGUAGUCGUACUCAUCUUAGAAUGUAAAGCUCUCUAUUUCCCUUAAUAGUAACCUCAGCCAGCACAGUGAGGCAUUGCAUUGUAUCUUUGCCUGCAGUUGUACAAGUUUAGUAAAAUUUGUGUAAACUGCUCUAGAGCCUUUUCACAUGACAUCACAUCUGUCAUGUACAUGUAUAUUUUUGAAAUUAGUUUUAAUUGCAUGCACUUAUUUGAUUUGUUGGCAUUCUGUGUAUUAUUUGUGUAAUUUUAUCAAUCAAUUGAUUAUUAGGAACAUUUGCCUUGCUUCAAGCCUAUGGAUUCUUGGUUUACAUAAGAAGCAAAGUGUCAUGGACUGAUUUUAAAAACAUUUUUAUCUUUGCUGUUGUGGCUGUUGCUGGUUUGGUGUUUAUUGCUGUCAUUUUUCUUACUUAUGCUGGUAAGCAAUGCAUACUUCAUCAUUCUAAUUUUAAUUUUGUUUGCAUUCAUUGCCGUCCAUUGUGUGCAGUGGAGCAACUACCAUCAGGGCUGUCCUCAUGCAGUACCCAACACCCCUGUCAACUAACCUUUGCUUCUGGGUGCAGCAAAAAUCAUAGUUUUAAGUUUUUAUACCAGGCAUCCUACAGCUCAGCUCUUUUUGCUCCUUAUAGUUUUUCUUAGAGCACAGCCGUUAGGGGGGAAUGAAAUCCCAUUGUCUUUGACUCAUGGCUUUCCUUAUCAACGAUUACUUGUACGACUCUAAGAUGCAUUUUUGUAGGGGUGUAGCACCGCCUCCAAUACUAAGACCACGUUUAUAGGCCUUUUUAGCAAAAUAGAUAAUUUUCUGUGAGUAAUUCUUGUGUCAGGAAAGGCAUGAAAGUUGUUUUUAUACUCAGAAGCACUUAAAACCUUGCCUGUAGACCAUCAGAUGGCAUAUAGAUCACUAAUUUUUCCAAGCUUCAAUAUGAUAGUUGUUCAAAGGCAGUUUGCUUGCAACUCUCGAACAAUUAUUGGAUGAGGGUUUUGUUUUGUGUCACAUAAAUGUUAUAUUAUUUGCCUCGACUGAUGACACUUUUCUUGACCUUGAUUAUUCUGGAUUUCACAAACACUGAAUUGAAAAAACUGAAUUGUUUUAUUACACAUUGUUGGUUUGAAGGAAAUAGGAACACCAAUUUUUUUCACAGAAAGCAGUUUGACAUUGCUCUUGGAAAUCAUGUAUUGCAUAUGCAAUCUACAGACUAGUUGGUUAUCUGCUAACAGAUAAGAAAAUAACCUGUAGGUUGUACUCAUUUCCAAAAAUAACUGUAUGCUCUUAGCCAAUCAGAAGACAGAUAGUGAUUACAAUGCAUAAUAUUAUAACUGGGCAAGCUUCCCACUUUGGUAGAAUACUGUGAUAAUUUCACUACAACAGUGUACCCUUUAGUACACCUAGGCAAGCAAGAUGUUACUUGUAUCCCAUCAGUGCUGCUCAAGUUACUGAUAUUAGUCUGACAGUCUUUUCAGAAAACAAAAUUUGUGUUGUGUUGUUGCAGGUUAUGUUGCUCCAUGGAGUGGGAGGUUUUAUUCCUUAUAUGAUACUGGGUGAGUAAAUUUAGCUGCAUUUAGCACACUUUACAUAACUCAACUAAAGACAACAAGCAACAUUCUAAAAUAAAAUCGAUACUACAGUAUUAUACAGAUGCCCUGUAAGUGGUUGUAAAAUGAAGGUGAAAAUUGCUGUUUAUAAUUAUUCUUCGACUUUAAUUAUCUGUUUUCGAUAAGUUUGAUAAAGAUUUUGCAGACAUAAUUGUUAGUUCCCUUUUACCGUAAAAAUCUAAAAUGCCCAAUAAAAGUAGCAAGCAGUUUUUAAACCCAUUUUUCACAAACUGAUUUGAGAAAGCCAAUGGUAAUGUUUAUUGUCCAACUGCUACACAUAAAACGUUUUUGUCAAUUUAAGACUGCUCUAAAUAGUUAUUUUUUUCUUAAACAAUGUAACAGUGGAACUGAUUUUAGCAAAGAACGUCAAAGUGCAUAACAGAAGUUUCCACUAACUAUUAAUUUUUGUUAGAAAUUUUAUUUAAGUCUAUUUAAAAAUUAUUCGUGAAGCCCAAAUGGGAGGGCGAGAGGAACAAUUGUUUUAGUAAAAUCCAACUAGUUGGUCAAAAAUAUUGAGAAUAAACGAAUUUUAGCUACUUAAAGCUAGACUUUAAUCCUUUCUUGCCGCCAAAAAGGCGCGCUUUUCACUACUAGUAGUCUAUAACAUAUAGCCUAGUAGCAGCUCAACCAAUCAGAACGCAGCAUUGAUAAUAGACCACUACUUGGAUUUUACUAAUUAACAAUAUUAUUCCUCGAGCCCGAAUGGGCUCUGAGUCAAUAGCCCAUGAGGCCGAAGGCCCAAUGGACUAUUGACUCAGAGGCCAUGAGAGCGAGAGGAACAAGAUUGUUUUAGUAAAAUCCAACUAGUUGGUCAAAAAUAACGAGACAAAACAACUUUAGCUAACAAAACGCGAUUCAGCUGCCAUUGUUUUGCUUUUCAAAGCUGGUGCUUUUCACUACUAGUGGGCUAAAAUAUAUAGCCUAGUAGUAGCUCAACCAAUCAGAACGUAGCAUUAAUAAUAGACCACUAGUUGGAUUUUACUGAAUUAUUUUAUUGAUAUGUUUUGCAGUUAUGCCAAGAUUCACAUUCCCAUUAUUGCAUCAGUCUCUGAGCAUCAGCCAACUACAUGGGUGUCUUUCUUCUUUGAUCUUCACAUCCUGAUCUGCACCUUCCCUGCUGGUUUGUGGCUCGUGGUGAAGAAAAUCAAUGAUGAAAGAGUUUUUGGUAAGAAUUCAAAUUUUUUUCAUAAGUUUACAGCUUUUUUGUCUUGUUUGAUUAAAAAGAAUUCUCUUUUCAGAAAAAAAAAUUACGUUUUUUACUCAUAAGAUAACAGGAAGGAUACGACCACAUUUUAAUCACGCUUUUCUCGCGUGUGGUGAUUUUCACGAGCGCUUGCAGUUCGCUUGCUCUACUAUCCCUGAGGAAAAAUGGGGUACUCGUAAUCUACCCACGUGUAGGCUUUGACAGCAUCUUAUUUAAUUUGUCCUUUGCAGUUGUGUUGUAUGCAACUACAGCUGUGUAUUUUGCUGGUGUGAUGGUACGUCUGAUGUUGACCCUGACGCCAGUGGUGUGCAUUCUUGCCGCUGUUGCUUUCUCUAAAACCCUGGAUAAUUAUCUCGUGGAAGAUCGCCAGGAUGAAAACAAGGAGACUGAAGGUCGCGAUGCUGAUGCAGAAAGCAGUGAGGAAGAAGGUGACAAGAAAAAGAGAAAAGAUCUGUAUGAUAAGGUACAUUUAUAACUUGCUAGCUUAGCUAGCUGUUUGCGGUUUCAGUGCAGUUGCCUGACUUAUGAAGUGCUUAUCCUCGUCGUCAUCUUCCUCACCAUUAUUGUCGUCAUCAUCGCGAUAAAUAACAUCAUCAUUAAGAAAAAACAAAAAGCAAACUGCCGUGAUAAACAUAAUGAAAUAUAAAUGCAUUUCUGGAAAGAAAAAAGGUUUUUUAACUUGACGUUUCGUCUGUUGCAACAUACAUCUUCAGAAGUAAUAAACCGUUGAAUAACAACAGAAAUAAGUAAAUAAUUAAAGAAACAUAUGGUAGGAAAUAUUCAAUAUUAUGUAGAACCACAGAAAAACGCAGAAAAUGAGAUAAUUUCCUCUUAAACUGAAAUAUGAAACAUCCAUACAAAAAACCGCAGUUUGCUUUUUGUUUCUUCGUAAGCUAAGAUGGCCAAAAAACAAGAGUACCUACGAUUUAACAUCACAAUUUCUUGGAACACCAAAGUCACCUUAGAGUUCAUAUAUGGGUAUUCGUAUCCUAUGAAAACUUAAAGUUUGAGAACGGUGGAAUAGGUGAUGUUAAUAUAAAUAACAGUUUAUUGAAAGUCAUGGUUAGGUUUUACGAUGGAUUCUAACAAUCGCGCUAGAAUUUUAGCCCUGAGACUUUCAGUUUUUAGUGUGUCUGUCGCGCGCUAGGAAAUUAUCUCAUUUUCUGUGGAUCUACAUAAUAUAUUAUCAAGGAACUGGCAGACCGUUACCGCUUACACUCACAUUGUAUCUUCAGAGAUGACUUAAAAAGAGGGCCGUUUGGUUUUCAUUAGAACAUCUCUGAUAGCCUGCGUAGCUGGCGCCGGGUUUUUUAGGGCGAAGGAAGAAAUCUCGAGGACGCGCUUGUUCCCCUCGCGCGGCGUGACAAAAAGCUACCAGCGCCUGCUACGCAGUCUACGCAGGCUACAAUACUGAUAUUUCUGGGCACUGUUUUUUUUUCUUUUACAGCCCGGCAAGAAAAAGACCUCAAAUAACAAACAGAACAACAAACAAAGCACCAAAAAAGUGGAAAAAGAAAAAGAGGAAGAUGGAGGUGUGAUUGGUGCUAAUCUUAAGGGAAUGGUUGUCAUGUGUGUAGUGAUGAUGCUGAUGAUGUUUGCUGUUCACUGUACCUGGGUGACAAGCAAUGCUUACUCCAGUCCAUCAGUCGUAUUGGCUUCCACUAAUUAUGAUGGGUAAGCCUUCUUUCUCUGCAAAACUCUCUGGAAACAGAGCACAGAAUGCUACUUUAGCAAAUCCAUAAUGGCGUCACGGUCACGGUAGAUGGUCACGGUGUUUAUAUCGCGCUGGCUAAAAAUUGGACCUUGCUUUGGGCGUUCAAAUUUUUGUAGGGUGUUUCCGUGUGAACACCUACAAUCAUGGACAAAAGUCCUUGGGACAGUACUGCAAUACUCAUAUUUUUCUGUCAUUCUGGGUUCCCUCAUAAAACAAUGCGGAGAAUCCUUUUCGAAAUUUUCCUGCAGUUCUCCCUCCCCCCCCGCCCCCGACCCUAUACAGAGUUGAAACUCGGAAAAAAAAUUCUGGAUACACGCGUCCAACAUUGUUUUGGGGUGAGGGGAGGUUUUGGACCGGUGUGAAUCGGAAAACGCCCCAGAAACGCAAAAGUGUCCCAAGACUUUUUUCCAUGAUUGUUGGUACACGAAUCUUUAACUGGACGAAAAUUCGUCCAUUCCUGUGUGAAAGAAGGACUAGAUUAGCAACAAGUUUUGGCACAUUUCUUUGCCGUCCCUGCACGACCACAACGUGAAAUUUCCGUAUGCAACGUUUAAUGGCGGACGUAAACACACGGAGAAUAAUUUUUCCUUCUCUUUCUUUUAACUUGGUUGCUGUCCCCAGGAAUUCAACUUCAGGGAAAUUCGCCCACAUUUGACAUUUUGAGCAAGCUGGCACUAAGUUUGACAAAAAACCUUGUAUAUACAAGGCUGUGCAAAUACAGUUGGAUUAACGUUUGUUAUUAUUGCUUAAGAAAGACAGUUGAAAUGUUGAAUUCAACCACGACGCAUCAAUUACUCAACUGAUAGCUACUCUAUUAAAAACUAAGCUUAACACCAUUUUCCAGCAGUAAGGGAUGUUUCCAUCAUUAUCUCCCCGCAGGAGUCGAAACAUUCUUGAUGAUUUCAGAGAGGCGUACUUCUGGUUGAGACAAAACACCGAUGAUAAUGCACGGUAUGUACAUGUAUGAUGAUAUGUUAAUUAUAACAGUCCUCUCCGAUCGUUAAAAGGUUCCCUUAAAGUAAUUAACCGUCUUAUAUAUCAUCCUCUGAUCUUAGACAAUUUUUCGUGCGAAAGGAAAACGCAUUUGGAGAGUGCGCCAUGUGUCCGUGUCAAUUGAGUCUCCUGUUUGCUCAUAUUCGAGAAAGUUUUUUAAACCUCUCAUAUUCCCCAUAUAUGUACACCCCCCCCCCCCCCCCCCCCNNNCCCCCCCCCCCCCCCCGCCUACCAACAACAGUUUGUAAGGUCAACCAAAACUUCUUGAAGGUAGUGCCGAUUAAAAAUCUUUGAACAAUGACAGCACGAGCUAGUGAUUUCUUUCCCGUGAGUGUGAGCUAGGCCUUUAGGAAAGGUCCACAAAACUCCCACGGAUGUUAAAAGGUUUUGUUGCUGUGUCUUGCAUUGUGAUACAGGAUUAUGUCUUGGUGGGAUUAUGGAUAUCAGAUCGCUGGAAUGGCCAACAGAACAACGCUUGUGGACAAUAACACGUGGAACAACAGCCAUAUAGCUCUGGUAUGAGUCAGUUUAAAGUUGCUGAGUUAUUAUAUUGCAUACACGUAUUCAACCUUCCCAUACUCCAGGGAACGGGAGGAAGAGUUGGCUAAGUUAGAGAAGCGAUCAUUGCAUGGGUACUUGACGAGGGAUGGGCCAGAAAGUGGAGUUUAUACAAGACACCACCCAUAUAAUGAGCCUUCUGGCCUGAUGCAUAUUUUUUUGCUGCAUUUCUGCAAGAGAUAGAGACAGGGUGCGCAAAUGACGUGUGACAUUGGGUACAGAACCACAUUCCUGUACGAGUGUCUGUGUAAAAUGGCUAAUAGAGAGGAGAAGUUAAGUCACGUUGCCAUGGUAGCAAAAUUUCUGGAUGACAACAAACUGAAAACGUCACUUAAAAAGUGAAUUCUCACUGUUUCAAACUUCAUAAUUUCAAAUGUUGGCGAAAUUUUUCUGGGUUGAAUGCGAAAGUGUAGAAAAAGAAGAAGAAAAUUUUUGUGUUGUGUUCACCAACUCCAUAAAGUGGGCGCGUGCAACGACGGCUAAGAAGUGUUUUGCUACUAGUUAAACCUUUAGCUUUUUUGCCGUUGUCGUUGCCGUCGCCGUCGUCGUUGCUUAAGCUCUCUUAUUGUUAUCCAGAAAUUUUGCUACCAUGGUAACGUGACGUCACACUUCUGUCUAUUUAACAAUUAUUCUUCGAGCCUGAAUGGGCUUUGAGUCAAUAGCCCAACUAGCUGGUCAAAAAUAUCGGGGCAAAACAACUUUUGCUUGUAAAACGCGAUUCAGCCGCCUUUGUUUUGGUUUUCAAAGCCGGCGCUUUUCGCUACUAGUGGGCUAUAACAUGUAGCCUAGUGGUAGCUUGACCAAUCAGAAUGCAGCAUUGAUAAAAGACCACUAGUUGGAUUUUACUAAUACAGGUUAGUACUUAUCGAUUUGUAAUAGAAUCUGUUUUUUGUUUCUGUAUUGUUUUUUUUUGUGUAGGUCGGUAAAGCCAUGUCAUCUAACGAGACCUCAGCCUACAAGAUCAUGAAGAUGCUAGACGUUGAUUAUGUACUUGUUAUAUUCGGUGGUGUGAUUGGUUAUUCGGGUGAUGACAUCAACAAGUUCCUAUGGAUGGUCAGGAUCGCAGAAGGUGAACAUCCACAAGAAAUUAAGGUACUCGAUCAUCGCUGUUGUAUUUUAUCUGUUCGCUUUCGCAUGCCUGAUGGUAGCAAGAUAUUAGUUCAGUACGAUAGUUUACGAACCUCCCUUCUCAAAUUCAUUAAAAUACAAAGGAAAUCAAUAUUUAAUGAGUGUUCAGAAAUCAGAUGAAAAACUGCUCAGUUUUGCAUCCUUAAUUUCUCCAAGUCUAAAAUCAUUUUGUUUGGGAAGUAAUAUCCGUCAGUCGACAGAGUGUUUCAUCACCAGAUGAAACACCUGCUCGAAGUUCGUCAAAAAUACUCCGCUACGCGUCCUAUUUUCAACUCUCUUCUCAGUGUUUCAUCUGGUGAUGAAUUACGUGAAGCCCCCCCAAUGAAGGACUGCCCAAACUAAAAAGGAAAGUAAACAUUAAACCAUACAGGAGAAGGAUUCUUUAUUUUUUGCUUUUUCCUUUCAUAUUUACCAGAAAAAGUUUCACUUUGUCGGUGUUAGUAUCGGACCGUGGUCAACAUGCUCAAGUAUUGGUCGCGGGGUGGGGGAGAGGGAGGGGGGAGGUGGGUUUAUUCUAUACCCUAUCCCGCUUUAGCCCCACCCCACUCUUGCCCCAUCUUUUCUUGCUCGUUGAGAGCGACUUGUUCACACUGCUCAUGUUUGAUCUGUUGCAGGAAUCAGACUAUUUUACCCCUCAAGGCGAGUUCCGUGUAGACGCGGCUGGUUCGCCUAUCCUCUUAAACUGCCUCAUGUACAAGAUGUGUUAUUAUCGAUUUGGUGAGAUGCAGGUAAUCUGAAUGCAGUAUGUUUUACUCUUGACACAAUUGAAACGCGAUCAAAAGUCUAAACGGGUGAACUUUUGAGAGGCAAUGAUGAUAAACUGUCUGUCAUCUGACACAUACAAGACUCCGAACUUUAACAGUUUCGUCGACUCUCGACUUUGUUUCAUCCAUUUAACAACUUAACAUCACCAAAGUUAAGUACAUUCGACUUUGUUACAGUGCGGUAGGCUUGAGCGGGUAGGAGAACUUGUUAAGGUGGUGCAUAAACAUACUUUCUUAACAUCUUAUACCUCCCUUUUGAAGUCACCAAUAGCUGGUUCAAGUCCCUUCUGAAGAUGAAGGAAGAUGUUUUAAAGGCAAAGGAGUCAGUAGAAUGCGUUGAAUCUGGUAAACUCGUGAUGUAAAUUGAAUUGCCUGUAUUUUUAUUUUUCAGCUGGACUUUCGAUCUCCGUCUGGUUUCGAUAGGACUCGUAACGUAGAAAUAGGAAACAAAAACUUUAAGUUAGAACAUUUAGAAGAAGCUUUUACUUCUGAGCACUGGCUAGUAAGAAUAUACAGGUACGGCUGAGCCAAUUCCGUUUCUCUUUAUUCUCGCUAACACAGACACGUUUUUCACUCAUUUUUCGCAACUCUAUAAAGUGAGAACAUAUUUAAUUUAUAGGAUGGAUACUUACUGCUGGUUAGACAUUUAGGGCUGUUUUUUCAAGCAUUGUUUGUUCCUGGGCCCACUGAGUUUCUUUUUGUUUGGGUUUGCGCGUGGCACACCCCUACGCGCUUUUGUUGUGUUAUUCUAUUUGCGAAAUGCUUUCCCCGCCAGGGCCUGACGACGGCGUUCGAUCAACAGGCAUCCCAAGCUAACAAACCUCGUUCCCAGGGUCUCUCUUCGAGGAAGUGGAGAGACCCUGGUAAAGACUUUGAAGCUAACCAUUACAUAAGCCUAAAGUUAUAGCAAGGGACGGGAGGGAGGGAGGAAGGCAGUCCAUGGAAUUCAAUUGUCGCUUCCCCUUCGAUUUAAACACCUGCCAUGCCAGCCUCGUUCCCAGUGUUCUCUUCUACUCGUGGGGACGAUUAAAGGACCUUGGAAACUAGUUUGCUGCCAUGCAAGGUAUUCGAAAAACAGCCAUCGGAAAAAUAGAAUAGGAGUACGGCAAAAUUGUCAUUAAAAUUGCUACAAGUAAAGCGUUAUUCUAGCCAAACUAUUUUUUUAAUCGAUGACAUCAGGUUUUAGGCACUCUUGGUCCGAGAGGCAAGCUAAACUGAAAAUAUACCAACCAUAUGAUUCAUAACACGUUUAAGUUAUUCACCAAAUGAUCAAUUCUCUUCUAACAAAGAAAGAAUAACAAGUUUUGUUCGGCUUCUACUUCAACAGGGUUAAAGAUUAUGCAAACCGAGUGAAGAGUAGUGGGACUUUGAGGUCAACCAAUUUAAAAGCUAAAAGUAAAUAUAUUCCUCGGCGGGUAAGUGUUGUUAUUUAGUACGCUGAGUAGACUUCAUUGUUGUUUUAGAAUUAAAGGAGCUAUGUCACAAGGAUAUUACUGUAUUAGGUCAAUUCUGUGCUGAAGUUAUUACUAUGGGUCCUUACCCACACCCCGAGGUGGGUACUUGGGUUAAUUUUUGCUGGGUAUGCCCGUUGGCCUCUCAGAGCCCCUACUCCAUUAUAGUCUAUUCUGUGACCAAUUAUAGACCCCUUCUUAGUCAGUUUUGGGCAAACGUAAUUUCCGCGAUCCCAACUUAGUCACUUUCUAUUUAUGUAUCCAACCUAUCAAUCCUUUAAAUAGGUCAACCUAAAAUGAUCUGACACAUUCAGUUCAGUUUAAAUUUAAUGAAGAACACUUUACUUUUCACUCUUAGUACAAACAUCGUGAUACGUUUGCUAACCGUAAAUACUUUCUUACCCCCAAAAUCCGAAAAUGUGCGAUCCAAUUUACCCUUUACAAUUUUUUAGUCUUAAACAAUAAAACUGGACCAUUGUGUUGGAAUUCAAUUGAUGCGAAGAGGUGAUUAUUAAAAGGUUUUCAAACAGAUAGCGUAGAUAUAUUUCCUGGAGCGGGUAUUUGCAAUCUAAAUGUGCUUUCUUUUUGUAUUGCUGUGCAGAAUAAUAGGAGAGGAUACAUAAAGGACAAACUCACUGUAGUUCAAGGCAAAAGAGUUCAGCGUAAAGGGAAAAAGAAGAAUAAAGCGAAGACUAAGAAAAGCGCGUAAAGAUUCGCUGCCGCAUCGUGUAAGACACAACUGACUUCUCCGCACUAUGAGAACUGCGCGAGAGAAUCACUGUUUCUUUCUUUCACCACCUUCUCGUUAAACUAGCCUGCGAAAAAUGCCGUCAUUUUGCGACGCCACAACUGCAUGGUUUUCCGGCGAAAAACGUCUGAGAAACGAGCGCAAGAAUUGCAAAGUGAUCACGUAUCACUACCCGGAUCUGGGAAGUGCUUCUAAUUGGUUAAAGCAAAUUUCCCUCGCGACACGACCAAUCAGAAGCACUACCCAGAUCUGGGUAGUGACCUGUCAUCAGUAUGGAAUUUCUACGCUCGUUUCUCAGACGUCAUUUGGCGGGGAAACCAGUGGUAACGUCGCCAAAUGUCGGCUGUUUUCUCAGACUACAGUUUAAGUUGUUCUUAAGUAGGUU